UAAUUGGGAUAACUAACCGAGAGAGCACCUUAUCGAACAAAAACCUGCAUGCUGCUUUCCUCAGGACAAUCGCUCCGUUUUCACAUCAGGCGGACGUCUGGAUAGAGAUCUUGAUUCGACUCAAGUAUUUGAGUGUUGUAUUCAUCCACAGCUCCGACAGCGAUGGCAGGAGUACUUUAGGACGCUUUCAAAACUUAGCCGACAUUUCAAAUAUAAAAGUCGAGUCAGUAAUUAAGUACGAACCGGGAAUUCCUAACAUAGUCCUAGAGUUAGAAGAGGCCAAAAGGGAGCUCUUCUGUCGGGUAUUCAUAUUGUAUGCCAAUGAAGAGGACGGACACAAUAUUUUCCAACAAAUAUACUCACAAAAUAUGACUGAUUCAG